AUGGACCCCCUGGACAGAGCUCAAGUUCUCCUCCUCUGUGACCUGUGUCAAAAAGCUGCAUUACAGAGUCAUUGUGAACUUUGUAAGAUUAACCUGUGUAAGGCCUGUGUAGGGGAACAUCUCUCUGAUUCAUCUUUAAGACACAAAGUUGUACCAUACAAACACAGAACUUCUACUCCUAAUGUUAACUACCCAAGCUUCAUUAAAGACAUUAUAAACAAGGACUUGAAAGAACUGGAAAAAAGAAUACUUCCAACAUAUGAAGAAAUUACAUUAGAAUUUAAAUCUGAAAAAUUCAACUUGCAAAAGCUUUAUGAGAAACUGACAACAGCUGUCACCAAACAAGGAGAAGACUGGCACAGAGAAAUUAACAUCAUUGUCAACAAACAGAAAUCUGAAAUUAAUGAGAUGCAAGAAAAACACCUGGCUGCUCUAAAUAAACAGAGAAAUGAAAUCAAGCAGAUUACCUCUGAUGUAAAACAGAGUAUUUUUGAUCUGAAGAAAAUACUGGACUCCAAUGAUUCCUCCCUAACCUCUGCAUACAAACCCAGGAAUGCUGAAUUCAGAAGGUUACCUCCUAAAAUCAUUGUUUCAAUACCAAGAUUUUCUCUUCAUCAGACCAACACAGAACAGCUCCAUCAAAUGUUUGGUUCACUGUCUGCAUUAUCCAUUUCAACAGAAGAACAUGGCUACACAAUGAAGACACCAGAAGCUGUAUCCUGUCCUCCAGUCAAACUACUGCUUGAUGAACCCGAGCUCAUCACCACCAUAGACACUGGGUAUAAUCUAUUAUACAGUAUUACCUGUCUCAGUGAUGAAGAAAUCUGGACACAUGUUAAUUACAAAAACAUAAACUCUACAACCUCCAGGGCAAAUUACUGA